GUUUGCUCCCACCGUCCACGGAGGCACAGACUCCUCCGCUCCGGGUUUCCUUGUCUUGUCCACACAGUCCACACUAACUAGAACCGCCGCGCACUGCCGCUCUCUCUCGCGUAUCGACCAAAGAGCAACCCGACGGCCGUGGUGAUGGAGGCGAUGGGGAAGCAGCAGAGGGAGGAGGUGCUCCUCCGCGCCGCCUCCGACGGCAACCUCCGACUCCUCAAGAAGAUGGCGCGCUGGAUGGGGUCAGGGGGCCAAGGCGAGGCCGCCGUACUUGCGGCGGUGGAGGACGGCGAAGGGGGUCGCCCGCUGCACCUGGCGGCCGGGGCGGGCCGGGUCGAGGUCUGCAGGUACCUCGUCGAGGACCUCCGCCUCGAUGUCAAUCAACUCAACUGUCAAGGUCACACGCCACUGUACCUUUCUGCCUAUUUUGGGAGAGCUGCUGCUGCAACAUAUCUUCUUGAUCAUGGUGCCGAUCCACUAGCUAGCAAACUACGGUCACCUCUUUAUGGCGCUGCAAUGCAAGGGCAUUGUGAAAUGUUAGAAAUGCUGCUUUCAAGAGGACUCGAUGUGGAUUUAAAUUCUGUACAAGGGACGGCAUUGCAUGCAGCUGCUUGUUAUAAACAACAUGGCAUGAUGAAGAUUUUGUUGGAGCACCAUGCCGAUCCUAACAAGGUUUGCUAUCUUAAUAAUACCCCGUUGAGUUUGGCCAUGCGGCAGCGGGACAUGUCUACAGAGUUGUUGGAAUGUGCCAAGCUACUCAUAAAGGCUGGUGCUGAUGUGAAUUUUAUUGACCUUGAUGGUGAUAGUUACGUGACAGUGGCAGCGAAGUUCGGCUAUCCUGGCAUCAUGAAGUGCUUAUUAGAUGCUGGUGCUAACCCCGAUAUUCCAGAUGAAUAUGGUAGAACACCAGUUGAAUUUGCUGCCUCUAACGGCAGUAGGGAUAUGGUUGAAAUGUUAUUCCCUUUAACUUCUCCUAUUUCAACGCUGCCGGACUGGAGUAUUGAUGGAAUCAUUUCUCAUGUGAAACACUAUGGUUUGAAGCCGAGGGAUAAACAAAAGUGUGCGAAGAGAAGAACUGAACUGAAACAGAAAGCUUUAAAGGCUUUUAAGGAAGAGGAAUAUUUUAUAGCAGCACUGCUGUAUAGUUGUGCAAUAACACUUGACCCGAGUCCAGAUGAAUAUGCAACCCUAUUGGCAAAUAGGAGUCUCUGCUGUUUGCGCACCAAGAACGGAAGAGCUGCUCUCCCUGAUGCUACCAUGUGCAGAAGGGUGCGACCUUUUUGGCCAAAAGCCUGCUAUCGAGAAGGGUCAGCUUUUAUGUUAUUGAAGGACUAUGAGAAAGCAUGCAAGGCUUUUGCGGAUGGCUUGAAGCUUGACCCUACAAAUGGUGAUCUUGCAAAUGCUUUAAGGGAAGCCCAAGAAGCUGCGAAGGAUGCUCGUCGCCCUGAAAAUUGACUGAUGUGUCAAACCUUACAUGCAGAAUCUGAGGCUCUGUUUUGUUGCUAAGCACCUUUUGUCCAUCCUGAAAACUUCUGCCAAGAAUAUCCCGUGGUCGUUUAAGACUUCCGUUGCACCCAUCGUUUGUAAAUAUAACUGGGGAUGAACUCGCUGACCAUAGUAUCUUCAUUCCAGUGCAUGUGUUGACAAACUUUAUCGUCACAGAACGUACGGCAUAGUCCGGUCACCGAGAAGCGCUGGAGGCGGAGCAGUAUGUAAUUGGCUCAUUAAUUCUUCCUUCCCCUUACCUUCGCGGGAAGUGGUAAAUGAUGAAAUUUGGACUUGAACAACCUUAGUCUCAGGUUGUCUAAAGGUUGGUGAAUUGAGCAAAAGAUCCAGCGAACUGUUUAUUU